GGGUAGCCAUAGAAAAAAAAAAAAGGGUUUCCUUGCAAACAAAGCAUCUUGCGAGGGUCGGUCGCUGAGGCAAAGGCUCGGAGCGGAGACUUCGAGCGGAUAAGAACAACCGAACUCAUCAAACCCCUUUUCUUCUUCUACAAAACCUCUCCUUCUCCUACUCGUUCUCUUUUGAGCUCUCUUUCUCCUAAUUUCUCCUCUUCUGAAACAGAGAAAGCUCUCUCUUUUCCCGCACUUCUCAUAAAACUGAGAAAGCCCUCGGGUCGAAAAGCUGGCUAUUGAUCAGUAUUCCCCGUUCAAGGAGCUGAAACAGUACAGGAAAGCCAUGGGUGGACCAGGAGGAGAAGAUGAGAACCGGUGGCCUCCAUGGCUGAGGCCCCUCCUCUCGACUCGCUUCUUUGUUCAAUGCAAGCAUCACGCUGAUUCGCACAAGAGCGAGUGUAAUAUGUAUUGCCUCGACUGCACUAAUGGCGCGCUCUGUUCCCUCUGCCUCGCCUACCACCGCGACCACCGGGCAAUUCAGAUAAGGAGGUCAUCAUACCACGAUGUUAUAAGAGUUUCGGAGAUACAAAAAGUUCUUGACAUCAGCGGUGUGCAAACCUACAUCAUCAAUAGCGCCCGCGUUGUCUUCCUCAACGAGCGGCCACAGCCAAGGCCCGGAAAAGGCGUCACCAACACCUGCGAGGUUUGUGAGAGGAGCCUCCUCGACUCCUUCCGCUUCUGCUCACUUGGCUGCAAGGUAGUUGGCACUUCUAAUGACCCCAACAUGAAGAAGAAGAGGAUGAAGAAUCGAGUAACUACGGCAUCGGGCUCCGAGGAGUCCUACUCAAGUACGAGCCAUGGCAGCGAGAAGAGCACGGUGGUGCAGAGCUUCAACCCUUCAACACCGCCGCCGACCGUUGUUAGCUUCCGCAGCACUAAGAGGAGGAAGGGCAUUCCGCAUCGAGCCCCUUUCAGUAGCCUUAUCCUUGAAUUUUAGAAAAGCAAGACGAAAUCCCAACUGCAUCUCGCUUCACUGUGUUGUCUUCACCUAUAAUUAUAUGCAUAGAAGAAGAUGGCUUCCAACUCGCCGGCACUUUGCGCCGAGGAAGGAGAAGAUGUCAUAGAUAGAAAGAAACGUUUUUUUCUAGUAAUACUAAGUUUGAUCUUAGAUUAAAGCUUGUGUAAAAAUGUAAAUAUCAAGUGAAAAGUUGGCAGAGAUGGAAAGAGUGGAUUUCUAUAGUUGGGAAUGGAAUAAUAAGAAUUUUACUUUGCAAUCGUGGAUAGAUUGAUGGCGGUGUGAAAUGGCGGUGGUUUUCAGAUUUCGGAGGACGGUUUGUGGCGGUGGCGGUUGGCCGGGGGGACCGGUGUGCGAGUGCGCACUGCUCCGCACGUGAGACAGCAUUACCCACGUGGCGAUUAAUGUUGGAUCGAACCAAAAAACGGCAACGUGGAUUUGUAUUUUGUUCAAACGGGAUUGGUGUGGGCCACGUGGCACCGCAUCUACUCAUCUUCGUGACUCUUCCUCGGCUAGGGCCGUCGCCUGUUAAAACUGGCUGGUUUUCUUUGUAAUAGUUACCAGUAAACAUGGCGUUUCCUUAUUGUACCGUAUUUCAGACCACUGUUUGUGACCAAUGGACACGUGUAAUGCAUAAACGACGUGUCUUUCUAGAAA